GGGGUUGGCGGAAUGUGGAGGGUGGGGGAGGAUUUUCCCCCCAAAUUCCAAAAGUCCGCUGCCCAGAAUAGGAUGUGUUCAAAGACUAAUUCGAAGACUUGGAUAGCUGUUGUUGUCUCCCAGAAAAAGUUCUCUAUUGCAGCAAUUGCUUUGUUCUGUUCGUUUUCAAAAGCAUGUCGACCACAACAACGGACAAUCCCAUUACCAUCUCUUCCCGUCAGACACUGGCCGAAUAUAACAUUCACUACACUGGCGAUGAUGUGGGAAUAAAUGACACAAUAGUUCAGCCGAACACCUCGAAUACAACACAGAAUGUCGAGAACCCAUCCUUCUGGCCUCGAAGUCAUAAUCGAGUACCAAAUUAUCGACCUACAAAUCGGAAUUUGAGUUUCGCAGAGCGACCAAAUGGAAGUAAUGGCCCAGAGAUAGUUUUCAUCACGUUGAUGUUCACAGGAGUCGCAUUGAAUGCGGGAGCGGCCCAAGUAUGGGGUAUGACAGGAGGGAAAGUUUUCACACGAGUCUUUCAAUAUGCUAUCGGCGGGGAAUGGUGAUGGAAAUUUUGAGUGAAUCGAUCGAUCUUGAGGCUACUAAGCUCGUCGCGAUGUAGAGUACAUAUUGGCGCACACUUGGGCUGGAUUCA